GCGGCGGCCGGUCUGGCCGCGCUCGGGGGCGCGCUCGGGGGCGCGCUCGGGGCCGCGCCAGGCCACGGGCAGCGCGCCGCAGCCCCGGGCGGCCGAGCGAAGCUCCGCGGACUCGCGGUCCGAGGCUCGGUGCGGCGCGGAGCGGAGCGGCCCGCGGCUGAGAGGGAAGGCUUUCAGGCUGGGCACAGAGAGCUGGAGAGGGGCCUGAAGGAAGCUCGCCAACCAGACGCCGCACUUAGGACUUCUCCGCCCCACCUGCACCGAAGGGCCGAGGAAACAGAAACACGUUGAGUGCGAGAGUGAUUUGAAAAAGAAAAAAAAACCCAUGGAAGUGGCCAGAAAAAGUCUCCACUGGGGGAAGCGCUCCUGUCAGUAGCCUCAUUUGCCAUCUGACGGUGACGCUGGAGGGAGCCUGUAUUUCUAGUUUCAGGCACAGUUGCUGCCUUUGCCUCUCUUGCUCCUUAAAAAGAUUGAAGUUGCUUCUUGUGUCUUACAGAAAACCUUUUUUUCACCAAGGGAAGGGGAGGACCGUGUGCAGGUUGACGUUUUCACAGUGAGGAUGAGGGUGCUGUCGGAAGCGGAUAGGAUGUUGUAUUUUACAUGUAUAUCUACACCUUGGCUUACGUCAUGAACAUCUACAGUGUGUAAGGAAUCAAACAACAGAUGACCAUUUACCCACCACCACUUAGAAAAUAAAGCAUUGCCAAUCGGGUCAUGUCAUUGGAAGUCAGACGGGAACCCGUGGGGAACCAAAACAGACACUGACCGAGUGGCACUGACAGGAACAGUCUCCGCCGGUCAAGAAACCCUCACAAGUAUUUUGCCAUGGAUGUAGAAGAUGAAGAGAACAUGAUAGGUAUCGGUGUCUGCUGUGGGCGUUUGUCCGGAUUUUCAUUCCUUGCUGUCGUCCUGGGGUCCUGAUGCACAUGCCCGGAAGGGGGGGCUUGCCUCCAGGUGCACGUGUCAUAAGGCCGCAUGGCUUCGUGCUCUGUCACCGCAUGGUUCUCAUGAUCAUGGUCCGAUUUCCAUCUGUGUAAAUCUGAGAUAACCUUUGAGAUUGGUCAUCUGGGGUGACGGUGCAUAAAAUCUUCCCUUCAGAUAUGGUGGGUUGUCCGUGCAUUUUGAAGGAAGGGGACUCGCAUGAGUCUGUUGAUCUUGUUUCCAAAGACUUUGACGGGCCGUCGGGCCGGCGUGGCCUGAAACCCCUUUCCACACUGCCCUCUGGGAUGGAGGGGCCGGAGGGGCAGAGAGCCUCAGCUUUCCCCCUCUCGACAUUGUUCACAGAUGUUCGUAGAUGAAGAGUUCAGUGAAUAUACUUCUCUAUUCUGUUUUGUCUUUAAUCCCGGAUAGCAGAGCAUUUGCAUAAGGUUAAAUGCUCCCACAGAAGUUGGGAGCUUUCGGUAGGGAAAUCACAACAGAGACAUCAGUGUUCUGGUAUGUGUGUAAUGUGCAUUGUUACUUGUCCGUGUUGAGAGGUCCCGGGAAGAACCCACAGGCGUGAGUGACGAACGGUCACCGAGGAUGAGGAUACAGUCCACCACUUUCCCUCGGCCUCACCCAGAACCCACACCCGAGGCCUCGGAGUUGGCUUGUCUGCACGCAGGAGCCAGGGGUUCUGCUCCACGAGUGUGGUGGGUGCCGUGGAGUUGCUGGGUCUUUGCUGGGUGACCCCGCAGUCGUGUGCCGUCAGGCUGGAGGCCAUUCCUGGGACGCAAGUGUGAGAAGACGUGACCAGGCGUGGUUUCAGUCCAUGUGGCAGCACCUCCUCCCGAGGCCUCUGGCUGCCCGUGGUGCUGCCCCCAGCACAGCUGCUCUUGGGGUCUUCGGAACCCAGCCUGUGUUCUCAGGGGUCAGCCCACUCCCCACUCCCGUUGUCACCCACGGCGCUGGUCAUCAGGUAUGGGAGGAAAUGUCACAGUGUGUGUAGGGAUAUAACUAUCCCCAGACUGAUCCGGUAGUCUCUUACCGAGAUAAAGAAUCCUUCUGAAUACAUUUUCUGGAAAGAUAAACGGUUGGUUCUAGUGCUGAAACUUUGAAAUGCCAGUCCUGUAUUUUCUAUCAUUUUGAAAGCGAUGAAAAAUUUUCAUCAUGGUUAAUAUUCACAUUUAUGAGAUAAAGUAGCAUGAUAUGGAAAGCGAAAGCAUCUAUUGAAGAAGAGUUAUGGUAGUGGGAGGUCUUUCUCCAAUUUUAGUGUUUUAUUUUCCUUUACAUAGUAGCAUUUUUAGUAAAGUAGAACAUGAACCGUAUUUCCAUGCUUCUGGAGCAAAUAGGAACUUAGAAUCUAUGUGAACUGUCUGAUAGAAAGUGUAUUUUUCUAUAAUCAAUACGGAUCAUUUUUAUUUUUUAAAAGAAAGCAUUUGUUUGUUCCAGAGAUUAUAAACAUUUGAUUAAAUGCAUGUCAGGAUAUAUUUAUCAUGAUCUGACUUCUGUUCAGCGGUAACGUCAGAACUAAGCAGUCAUGGAGCGUGUGAUGUUCUCAAUUCUGUCCUGCCCCACCCUUUCUAACCUUUUGUUUCCCUUGAGCACCGAAAGGAGUAACCUAUUGAGCUUUUGCUGGAGGAUGUUAUAAAUGAAAAUUUAGUGUCCAUUCCGUCAGCUUUGUCAACUGGGAGAAGUGGUGUGUGUCAGGAGUACGUAGGAGGCAUGAAGUCUGUAGGGGAAGUGUAGCCAUCUCCCAACCUCUGCCACGGUGUGGUGGCAGUCUUCCCGUGGCCCGUGUUUAAACCAGGGCUGUUCUCACGUCUCAGCUGAGUGGUGACAGCCCUGGGGAUCUGAGAGCUUGAACUGUGGGGACUGGCAGCCGGUGACCCAGACUUGCUGCCACGUUAAGCCCCUCCCAUGGGUAGGGCCGAUGAGCGCUUUUACUGUUCUUCUCAGUUUCCUUAGCAUAGUCAGAAUCUACUUUCACCUUAUGUAGUAGAAAGGGGCCGAGGGCCACCGUAUUGGGGUACUUGGAAACUGGCUUACAAUUGUGAAAAAUAUUUCCGUUGCUUAAAAGACUUACGUGGAUCCUCAAAAAUUAGUGGUAGGUCUUCAAGUACGUUCAUGUCAACAGUAUUGUGAAGUCCUGUGAUAGUUACCCCUGAGCUUCCUGCGGCCGACAGCGUGUGCAAACUAACCAGGAAAACAAGGAGUUACUUCUUUUUCUGUUUUUAAAAAAGCUUUAUCUGAUCAACUUAAAGGGGAGAAUGAAUGCGUUUUUAUUCCCCUUUUUACAAUUAAAAUCAUAUUUACUUUGCCAUGAACUUUUAGAGUUCUAAAAUUAUCUUUAUUAAUUGUAAAAGUAAACUACCUUUAAAUGGUAGGAUUGCUAAAUUAUUCUGUAAAUCCAUCAAAUAUUUGUUUUUCUAAAAAAGACAAAGAUGCCACCUUCAGCUGGGAAGUUAAGAGAGCUGUGGCCGUCUGCAGUGUCAGUCUUCCUAUCUUGCCUUGUAUAGUUUUUUCUAUCAUGGGGUGUAUUAAGGAUUCAGAGGCAGAUCAGUCCCCAUACAUAAUGAGAAAAUGUUAAAUGAGACCAGAAGUGAGGCUGUGUCCUUCAAAAGAAUUUCUAAAAGGCCAGAAUACUUCACACAGCAGUUUUCUAAGAUCCACGAACCAGAACCAAAAAACUGCACGUAUUAAUUGCAUAUUUUAAACCAGAAGAACUAAGUAACUUGUGAAUGCGUGUUUUAAAUGAUGUCUUCUUUUCUGGGAAAGGCUGCAAUUGAAAGCCCAACGUGAGUCUAGUGUGAGAGCAGAUGGCAUUGAAAAGGAAGAAAACGCCAAAAUAAAGUGUCCAUUGGUCGACACUGAUAUUAGAUUUAUUAAUGUAAGGUCUUUCUGGGUUAGUUUAUCCCCCACUUUGAUAAACUUGAAUAAAAUUCCUCUAGAUGCUUCGGAAUGUUCUCGUAGAAAAAGAUGAUUUAAAAAUUCACCUUUUAGUGCAAGAGCAGUCCGUGACACUAAAUAGAAACAAGAUUAGUUAUUAUUUCUCAGAACGUCAGAUGACUCCAAUUAUGCCAGUUUAGGUGGAUAACUCUGUGGCUGAACGCACAGCUCCACACGUAUGCAGCCAGGAACAGAACGUAUAAGCACACAUCACUUAACCAGUUACAAAGGGCGAUAAAGGAAUCUAUAAAUUUUGCAUUUACAAGAUCCUGCAACGAAGGCGUUGUAAGUUACUCUUUCUGGGCACCGCAGGUUCGAGCAGCACAGAUGUUAAGGAAAACUGCAGUCUGGACGGCGCGCCCCCCAAGGACGGCAGCGCCCCGGGGCCUGGCGAGGGCGCCCCGCUCUCCAACGGGGGUGGCGGGGGCGCCGGCAGGAAGCGGGCCCUGGAUGAGAGCAGCAAUGGCCACUCCAAGUUCCGCCUGAAGAAGCGGAGGAGGGCGCCGGGGCCCGCGCUGCCCAAGAAUGCGCUGAUGCAGCUCAACGAGAUCAAGCCUGGCCUGCAGUAUACGCUGCUGUCGCAGACGGGACCCGUGCACGCCCCCCUCUUCGUCAUGUCUGUCGAGGUCAACGGGCAGGUCUUCGAGGGCUCCGGCCCCACGAAGAAGAAGGCCAAGCUGCACGCGGCCGAGAAGGCCUUGCGCUCCUUCGUCCAGUUUCCCAACGCCUCUGAGGCCCACCUGGCCAUGGGCCGGAGCCUGUCCGCCAAUGCAGACUUUACGUCCGACCAGGCCGACUUCCCCGACGUGCUCUUCAACGGCUUCGAGACCCCAGACAGGCCGGAUGUGCCCUUCUACCUGGGCGCCAAUGGCGACGACUCCUUCAGCUCGAGUGGGGACCUCAGCCUGGCUGCGUCUCCCGUGCCUGCCGGCCUGGCCCAGCCACCCCUCCCCGUGCCCCCGCCGUUCCCACCCCCGAGCGGGAAGAACCCCGUGAUGAUCUUGAACGAGCUGCGCCCGGGACUGAAGUACGACUUCCUCUCGGAGAGCGGGGAGAGCCACGCCAAAAACUUCGUCCUGUCUGUGGUCGUGGACGGGCAGUUCUUCGAGGGCUCGGGGAGGAGCAAAAAGCUCGCCAAGGCCCGGGCCGCGCAGUCCGCCCUGGCUACUGUCUUUAACUUGCGCCUGGACCAGACCCCGUCUCGCCAGCCUGUCCCCAGCGAGGGCCUCCAGCUGCACUCGCCACAGGUCUUAGCCGAUGCCGUGGCGCGCCUGGUUCUGGAGAAGUUUGGGGACCUGACGGACAACUUCGCCGCCCCCCACGCACGCAGGAAAGUUCUUGCUGGAAUCGUCAUGACAACAGGCACAGAUGUGAAGGAUGCCAAGGUGAUCAGUGUUUCCACAGGAACAAAGUGUAUUAACGGCGAGUACAUGAGUGAUCGCGGCCUUGCGCUGAACGACUGCCACGCAGAAAUCAUAUCUCGAAGAUCCUUGCUUAGAUUUCUUUACGCACAACUUGAGCUUUACUUAAAUAGCAAAGAUGAUCAGAAAAGAUCCAUCUUUGAGAAGUCCGAGCGGGGAGGAUUUAAGCUGAAGGAGAAGGUCCGCUUCCAUCUGUACAUCAGCACCUCCCCCUGUGGAGAUGCCAGGAUCUUCUCGCCACACGAGCCCGUCCUGGAAGAACCAGCAGACAGACAUCCGAAUCGUAAAGCCCGAGGACAGCUGCGGACGAAAAUAGAGUCUGGUGAGGGGACGAUCCCAGUCCGCUCGAAUGCCAGCAUCCAGACGUGGGACGGGGUGCUGCAAGGGGAGCGGCUGCUCACCAUGUCCUGCAGUGACAAGAUGGCGCGGUGGAACGUGGUGGGCAUCCAGGGGUCCCUGCUCAGCGUCUUUGUGGAGCCGAUCUACUUCUCCAGCAUCAUCCUGGGCAGCCUGUACCACGGGGACCACCUCUCCAGGGCCAUGUACCAGCGCAUCUCCAACAUAGAGGACCUGCCUGCCCUGUACACCCUCAACAAGCCUCUGCUCAGCGGCAUCAGCAACGCGGAGGCGCGGCAGCCGGGGAAGGCCCCCAACUUCAGUGUCAACUGGACGGUGGGCGACUCGGCCAUCGAGGUCAUCAACGCCACCACAGGGAAGGACGAGCUGGGCCGCGCCUCUCGCCUGUGUAAGCACGCGUUGUACUGUCGCUGGAUGCGUGUGCACGGCAAGGUUCCCUCCAACUUACUGCGGUCCAAGAUCACUAAACCCAACGUGUACCACGAGUCCAAGCUGGUGGCCAAGGAGUACCAGGCCGCCAAGGCCUGUCUGUUCAGAGCCUUCAUCAAGGCCGGGCUGGGCGCCUGGGUGGAGAAGCCCACGGAACAGGACCAGUUCUCACUCACACCCUGACGGGUGUGCAGCGCGGCCCCAAACCAGCUGAGCCGGGGCAGGUGUGGGAUGUGUGGGAGCUGGGCGCGCGGCACCGUCCCCAGGGGCAGGCGCACGCGGCGCGGGGUCUGGCGUCUGGGUCCCGUGUCACCACCUGGCAUCUCUCUACAGCAGUGUUCCCCCUUUUGAAUCAUCCAGUGACUGCUUUCAACCUCAGUUUACAUUUAGAAGUUGAGUUCUACUGAGUAGGGCUUCCUGAAGUUUAGGAAAAAUAGGAAUUACUUUGUGUGAAAUUCUUGAAUAAUUAAUUUAUUCAGAACUAGGAAUAUGGUUUAUAAAAUAAGAAGUAACUAUGUCAGGUCACUCUUACGCCACAUUACUUUGAUUGCAAAGAAGCAUUUAUAUACGGAGGGAGUGAGGAAAUAGAUAGGAGGCAGUAACCUAAAGAAACUGUACCCCUGUCCACAUGUAGGUCCCUGUUCCCCGUAGGCGCCUCCCUGGGAGAGGACUCCCCGCACGGAGGCCACAUCCACAGCGCAGCGACCCGUGGUGGGGCGCAUGGCGUCACAGCCAGGUCCCUGCAGCCUCCAGUGUCCUCUAGAAGUUUCUGUGCUCCUCGUAGGACCAUAUCAUGGAAAAUCGUCUCUCGGUUGACUUCUAAAUAAUCAGAGGUCAAACAUGGUCAGUAGGCCUGGCCAUUCAUUUGGGUUUUUUAAGCAGUAUUUAACUUUUAGGGACUAGAAGGGAUCCACAGGGGCUACUGCACAGUAAAUCACCUAGAAUUCCCUCUGGUCCUUCCUCUGAACCUCCUGGAUGUGAAUGACUGUCCCAAGAUCUUCACAGGAUGGAAACAGAGCUAAGUAAGUAGGUAUUCAUUCUUGGAAAAUGCCACUUAAGGCAUAUUUUCUAAUCUUUCCAGCUUUAUCAAGGACAUGUUUGAAGUACAAGUGUUCAGGCUGAGAGCUGGCAAGACAAAGUGUUGCUGGUGGGGUCUCGACCAGGUUGGGAUGUUGGUGUCACGGCAGGGAAGGGGGGGUGGUCUGGAGUCGGGGGUGCCCGGGACACUGCUCGGCACCCCACAGCACACAGGCCAGUCCCAGGCGGGCCGAGCGAGCCGGGGGUCAGGGCAGGCGGGCAGGUGGGGACCCUGGGAGGCCACCCCGCCCUGACGCAAAGGUCACAGCACGCUCCUCCCGCUUCCAUGGAGGGUCGGAGAGGAGCUUGUGCCCUUUGCUGAGUCAGCACCAGUUCCUGGUUCUGGGGGGUCUUGGGGGUACCAGAGGCAGAGAGGGCCCUCCAGCCAAGUCCAGGCGCCAAGCUGUGUGCCUGGGUGUCCCGUGUCCUUUACGGGCUCAGAAAACUCAGAGCAGGAACAGGACGGCCACUGGCACUUUGGCCCAGAGCCCGGGCGCUCAGAGUGGGAGACGUGGUCCCAGAAGGUCACGUCUCCAGGUGUCUCCGCGUCCGCAUGGAGACUUGAGGUGCUGCGCCCCGUGGGCGCGUGCAGGGCAGGGGGGAGGGGGCCACACUGCCGGGGCCUGGCCGGGUCAGAGGACGAGGGUUGCCCAUGCCGCCAUCUCUGCAGGGCGUUUUCUUGUCCCGACCCCGUCGGCACAGGGCUCGGGCCCACGUGGCCCGGCGGGGCCUGCUGUGGUUUCACCCGAGAAAAGAAGGGUGUCUGGCGGCGCCCCCCGACCACAGCAGUCUCCUGCACAUUCAGAAAAGACAUCUGUGAGUCCCUGCAUUUUUAUUCUUCUCUCUAUAAAUGGUAUUUUUUCUAAUGGGGAUUGGGAGAUGGACUUAGUUUUUAAAAAAUAUGUGGAUUUUGGUUACAAAGUCCAGAGGAAUGAUACUGCACGUGCACACAAGCAGGCCAGGACGCCUGGCUCCCCCUCUGUCAGCCGACGGUGGACCUGAGCACGAUGCCCCCACCAUGCCCCAGCCCAGGUAAACGAAUGCCUUACUGUGUGGGUCCGUGCCGUGUGGCUGUGCCCCGCUGCCUCUCCCGGUUCACAUUUGUGCGGCCGUCCAGGACGGACCUGACGCGGGGCUCCUGCCCCGAGAGCACCCAGGCCCGGGGAGGAAGGUAGCCAAGGAUCGCGGGCGAGGGGGUCGGGGACCGCUGGGCGGCAGGGCCAGGCAGGGCUGCGGGGAGUCGGGCUGGGGCAGGAGGCCUGCACAGCUCCUGGGACAGGGCAACUGGCACACUCCUCUGUAAGCAGGAAAAAGGAGGAAACGCACACCCCCCAAAAGACAAAUCAGGGCGUGCAGCGCGCCGUGCAUCACCACGAAGGCAUUUCCUUGAGGUGUCGUUUUGCAUCCAGGGUCCUUAAUCUGGGUUUUAGAAACUUUGGAAAUCUGACACAACCAAGCCCUUGAUCUUUUGAGAAAAAUCUUAAACUUUGAGGACAUUUUGGCCGGUGGGGUUUGGGAGGGUUUCUGUUCUGUCUCGGCGGCCAAGCCUGUAGUAUGUAUUCUGCAAAGACACUGGCCCUGCUGCGGUGCCUGGGGCCACUGGGCAGCUGUCCUGCUGGCGGGAAGGUCCGCCAUAGAGAAGUCUCAUUUUGUGACCCGAGCCAGGGCUUGUGGAGAGGGUGGCCGAGGUGGGGGCCGUGAUCGCUGGUUCCUCAGCCCUCACCCCUGCUUGGGGUCGGGAGGCCUCACCUCCUCCCUGCAGUUUGACUCUGAGUCUUAAUGGGGCUUUUCGUCAUCUUUUUCUAUUUUGAGAUUUUUAUUAUGAUCAAAAUCAGUUAUUUUAUUUUAAAAUGUACAAGCCCACAUUUCACAAGGUAUUAACUUCUCUGGAAUUUAUUUUUUUUGAAUAAUUUUGUUGCUUUCCAGACUCUAGAAUCCCUGCUUUCCUUGUAAUUUCACGUGGCCGAGCCUCCCAGUCUCCUGGGGUAGCCAGGUCCCAGAAUGCAAUUGGUGGGUGCUGGGAGCACGCCCUGCCCCUUUUCUCCAGGAACAAAUAAAAAAGACAGAUGGGAUUUUUCCAUUUCCAAAAUAUUUUACACCAAAAUGCAAGGUCUGCUCCAACUAUAAAUUUGAUCCAGCACGAGAAGUAAAAUCCCAUCUCUAAAUUCUGUGAAAUUAGUGAAUCUCUCAGAAGGUUUUCUUUUUAUCAAAACUAUAUGAAUGGAAAGAGCAGAGUGUGGUCGUGUGAGUCCAGCUUCGCGUGUCCUUUUCCUCGGCGUGUCCUGUGACUGUCUCUCCCUGGCCAGAGGCCGGCACUGGGGUUCUGUGUCCACAUGGCUGGGAGGGAGAGGCUCUGGCGAUCUGGACUCUGAGCUCCUGUUUCCGGCAGCGCGUGUGCGCUUCCUCGUUCAGUGUCUGGAGGUGCACGCCCCCAGCCCCGAGGACUCUCAUCUUGGCCACGGCUUGGGCUGCUGUUGUAUCACGGACCCAGUCGUGAACAGUUAAAGGCGGUCUGCGGAAUGUUCGUGGAAUGAGCCCCGAAAGCUGUUUGCUUCUCCAACUUUGGGUUACAUGCUGUUAAUUUUAUUCUAGAAUUCGGACACUUCAUAUGAAUGUAAUCCCGCCGAGAGCGCUGUCACCCAGGCGCACUCCUCGGCGCCCCCUGUGUGUCCACUGAUGUGCAGGCCACACGUGACCCCCUGCAUGAGCUUCCUCCUGCACUGAGACCAGCCAGCACCGAGCAUGAGACCCUGUCACUCAGACAGAGGACUUGAGACGUUCUCAAUAAAACCAUGUUUCACUA